AUGAAGGGGAAGCUUAGUCCGAGAUAUGUGGGUCCUUUUGAUGUUAUAGAGAGAGUGGGUGAGGUGGCAUAUAGAGUUGCUUUGCCACCACAGUUAUCUCAUGUGCAUAAUGUGUUUCACGUGUCUGUUCUGAAGGGCUACAAGUAUCAUCCGUUUCACGUAGUUCAGUAUUCAUUACAUAAGAUAAGGGAGGAUCUUUCUUGUGAGGAGGAAGCGGAAGCUAUUCUAGAUCUGGAGGAGCGAGUAAUGAGGAAGAAAAAUAUUUUGUUUGUCAAAGUUUUGUGGAAGAAUCAUUCGGAGCGAGAGGCUACUUGGGAAUUAGAGGAUUCUAUUCGUGAGAGAUAUCCACACUUAUUUGAUUCAGAUAAAUACCUCGUUAGCAAGGGUUAA